AUGACGGCAAACGAGGAAUCGUGGGACCUCGACACCGAUGAGAUUCGCUCCGUCGACUCUGAAGAGCUUUAUGAGACUAGGCCCAACCGCUGGAAAGGCAACAAGGCGACAUGGAACACCUACACGCAAGAGGAGCGACUCCUCCACCGCUCCAUGGAGCAAUUACGAAAUCGCGACUUAUCAGUGCACCUGUACAACGCAUUCGCGCUCCGAAAUCGUGCAGUACGCCCUAGCGCCGCGGGAGAGCCUAAUGAUGCGGACGUUGAUAGACCGCUGGAAGAAAUCGUCGACAGCGGCGAAUGGCGCCCGCCGAAUUUAUGGACGGCAUGGCCAAUGAACUCGCGCAUCGUGCCGGGCGACGACUUUCUAAAGGAAACUCACGAUGAGGACGACGACUUCACCACGCGCUCCAGGAAGGAGCAGCUUCCCAGUAUACCGUUAGAAGAAGAGAUUACAGCUACAAUUCUACGCCAAGCGAAGGAGCGCUUCCUUCGCCGGCAGCGCAAGGCUCGGGAGCGAGAGGAAGCUUCAAGGACACGGGACGAAUCUGCCAACGAGAGGACGGCGGCGUCUUCCAUGUCUGCGCACUCAUCCGCGGUCUCUGACGGAGAAGACGACGAUGAGGAUAAAGACGCAAACGCACCUCCUCCAUCUGGUCAAGGCGUGCAAACGAGGUUGUCUGAUGUAGAGGUCGAAAAGCCGAAGCGCAGCAAGACGUACGAACCAGUCGUCUCCGCCAACGAUGACCUCUCCGCAGACCUCCUCCGCCCUUCGGUCCGCCACAUCCUGUCCACCCUCGACAACACCCUCACGGCUCUCCACAACUCCCGCCUCGCGGGACUGAGCUACAUGACCGACUCGUCCGCCUCCGCGACCGAUGUGGAGGACAAUAACAACGCCUCGGACGCAGCUAGCGUUUCGUCCGCGGCAUCACGGGCAAGUUCGUCAGCGUCGAAGCGUAAGAAAAAGGGUCGCCCUCGGAGCAAGGCGCCCAGAACCCCAGAGCCCGAGUGGACGAAAGCACUCGAGAGGAGAGGCAGGCCGAAGAAAGUGACGGUCCCGCUGCCUGGGGAGACGGAGAAGGAGAUGAAGAUUCGGAUCGCGAGAGCGUCGAAGAAGAGGAUCCCGUUCUCGUCGGACGAGGAGGAUGCAGCAGCUGCUGAGACGGAAGGGGAGGAUGCCGUCAACAAGGCCGAAGACUCGGGGAACGAGACGUCGAGGUCGAGGUCGUCUAGGAAGAAGCGUGAUUUGCCGGCCGAGGCGCGGGCCGAGGCCAAGAUGAAGGCCAGGGAGACGAUGCUCGGAAAUUGGGGGCUGCGAGACUGGAGCGACGUCAUCGGCGCUGCCUCGCUCUCCGGCUUCAAGCCCGAAGUGGUCGCUAGGGCGGCGCAGCGGUGCGCUGAUUUGUUCGGGCAGGGGAUGGAGAUGCGGACUCUACUCGAGGGGCCCGCGGCUAAAGGGCCAAAGCCGCAGACGACGCGGUAUAUCCCCGGCGGCGGAAGCAGUAACCGUGGCGGCGGCGCUGGUGGUACCGCCGCCCCGUACGCGGGGCCGUCCAGCUCAGAAGAUUCAGAAGAGGAGAAGCCCGUCGUGAAAGCACGGCGUUUCGGGGCGUCUUCUCGACAAAAUCGUAUGGCGCGCGACAGCAUCCCACCCAGCGACUCUGACGCCACGGGGCGAGGACGGAGCACAACGGCGGCAGCGGCAGUCAGACGAUCGCGGAGCGUAUCCCGCGCGUCCUCUGUGGGGUUCUUCUACUGCCCCGUCUCGGGCUGCGAGCGCGCGCUGGAAGGGUUCGGGCGGAGGGCGAAUCUGCAGCGGCAUGUGGCGACGAUGCAUCCGGGUCGAGCGGGGGAUGUCCCCGGCGGCGGUGGCGGCGGCGACCGCUUCGACGUGGAAAGUGAGGAUGAGAUGGUGGGUGCGGUGCAUGUUGACGGCUUCCUGAGGCCUAUUCGGGCGAGAAAGGGGUGGAGGGCUGAGGAUACGGGGAAGAGGAAGCGGAAGAGGCAUUACCGAGGGCGGAAGAGGGAUGGGAGUGGUAGUUGGAGUGGUGUUGAGGAGGCCGUGAUAGAUUCCACAUGA